CUAAUUGGAAACAGUGCUUUAUUUGACUGUAAAGCUGAUUGUGAAGUUCACAAAAAAGCAAGACACAGAAAAUUUUCUCCUACAAGUUUGUCCAGAUCAAACCACAUCUUUGAAGUAAACCAACCACAACAGGUUUCAGUUUGACUCAGAAGAUGAGCUGCAAAACUAGCAACGAGAUGGAAGAGAUUAACCUUUAGUUGUUCUAACAUACAAAGUAAAUCAACUACUACUAAAAAUUAUCAUUGUUAAAUAAGAGAAUGAAACACGCUUUCUAAUAUUAAGUCUUAAUAAGUGCUAGAAGAGUACUUACAUGUCACUUUAACGCAUUUGUAAAGCACCUGUAAAGAGCCCAUAUACAAGGAGGGUUAAAUUCUGUCGUGGGAGGAUUCACACAGCAACUCAAGUGCAUUCAUCAGAUAGUUUCAUUAGAUCGGAGUUUUCAGAAAAUGUUCCAUGUGUUUGCUUUGUUCUGUGUGUGCUGGGGCCGUCUGACUGGUGUGUUUGGUGAUUCAGUGUCAGCGAUGGAGGAAGAUUCUAUUACUCUAAACACUGAUCUUACUGAAAUACGUAAAGGAGACGACAUACUGUGGAGAUUUGGAGCUGAAAAGACUCUCAUAGCUAGAAUGAACAAAAAGAAGCAAAUCGUCUCCACAUAUAAUGAUACUGAUGAGAGAUUCAGAGACAGACUGAAGCUGGACGAUCAAACUGGAUCUCUAACCAUCAUGAACAUCACAACUGAACAUACUGGACUCUAUGAACUAGUGAUAAGUGCAGAUAAACUGUUAUCAAAAACAUUUAAUGUUUCUGUCUAUGCUUGUCUGCCUGUUCCUGUCAUCAGCAGUAACACUUCAAACUGUUCUUCAUCAUCAUCAACAUCAUCAGAGCAGAGUUGUUCAUUGGUGUGUUCAGUGGUGAAUGUGGGUCAUGUGACUCUCUCCUGGUACAAAGGAAACAGUUUAUUGUCCAGCAUCAGUGUGUCUGAUCUCAGCAUCAGUCUCUCUCUACCUCUGGAGGUGGAAUAUCAGGAUAAAAACAGCUACAGCUGUGUGCUCAACAAUCCCAUCAGCAACCAGACUCAACAUCUGGACAUCACUCAGCUCUGUCUCACAUGUUCAGACUCUGUGUUUCUGAUAGCACUGAUCUCUGCUGCUGCUGCCGGAUCUCUGUUGAUAAUAGUUGCAAUUGUGAUCUACUGCAUCUGCAGGAAUUGUAAAAAAGCAGUCCAGACCCAAGAGAAAAACAAAACGGAUUCAGCAUUGCAUAAAACAACAACAACAAAAUUGAAAUUAAAGAAGGAGCCCGUGUAUGGGAAUGUCACCAAAACACGAUGAUCAAAACAAACUGUCCUGGAGAACUCAUCUGGUCCUUGAUUCACACCUUUUAUUUCAUAUUUGUUCUCUGCAGGAUCUUUUACUUUUUUCUGAUUUGUUCUCUGUCUUUGUUUUCAACUGCUAAUAAUUUUGAAACAUUUAAAGCAGGCAGGGUUAACCUUACAGUAGGACACUGAUUACUGUCAGACUUUCAGAACCCUUCAUCACUUACAUAAAGACUGUAAUCAUUUAAUUUUAAAGCACAGCCACCAUGAAAUAAGACUGUAUCACCUCUUUUUUUUACUUUUAGAUCAUUCUGAGGUUAAAUACAGAUUUAAAAUCAUAAGACAUAGUUUAAUAAUUAUGAUGAAAUCAAAUCUUUGCAUAGUUAUGCCAGGAACUAACAAUGCUUUGGAGAAAAUCAACUAUUCCUUGUUCUAUACCCCAGAAACAUUGGUGUCUUAUAUUUUAGAGCAGUAUUUUAGUAUUGUAUUUGAGUUUACUACAAACAGUAGGUCUAUUAAGAUAAUUGUGGCGAGUGGGGCGGGGCCGAGAGCCGUGAGAACGGCGCGAGUCCCACGGAGGAGAUAGAAGGAUAUAAAAGCGACGACAGUGAAGGACGAGAGAGGACCAGGCCUGGAUUUAUUUUGUGUUUUGAUUUUGUUUGUGUGCAGCAGUCGUCUGUGAGGGGCUACCGCACUGUUUUGUGUUCAUUUUGAUUAUUAAAGUCAUUUUGAUUGUC